AUGGUUCGGCUGUUUCUUACACUUUCUCCGGCGAUUUCCCGAUUGAGUUUCCUAGCUGCUGCGUCACCUUCUCUCAACAGAUUACAAAGACACCAUUUUGAUAAGCUAAAACCCAAAAUCUCGCUUAUCUCUCCUUCCUCCUCUGCAUCCAAUUUUCAGAGGACAGGUUCUUCUUGUUCUACAAGAACAAUUAGAGUUUCCUCCUCACUACCCAAAAGCGAAAGUUCGAAACUUGAUGAUGGUUUGAUUGUUCUAGGCAUUGAGACGAGCUGCGACGACACUGCCGCUGCUGUCGUGAGAGGGAAUGGUGAAAUUCUUAGUCAAGUCAUUUCUUCUCAGGCGGAACUGCUAGCCCAAUAUGGAGGCGUGGCUCCCAAACAAGCUGAAGAAGCACACUCUCGGGUUAUUGAUAAGGUUGUGCAAGACGCACUAGAUAAAUCAAAUUUGACAGAGAAGGAUCUCUCUGCUGUUGCUGUUACCAUUGGACCUGGUUUGGGCCUCUGUCUACGCGUUGGUGUGCAGAAGGCUCGAAGAGUCGCUGGUGCUUUUAAUCUCCCAAUCGUCGGAGUGCAUCACAUGGAGGCUCAUGCCCUUGUAGCCAGACUAGUGGAACAUGAACUAAGCUUUCCUUUCAUGGCAUUGCUUAUAUCAGGAGGGCAUAAUAUUAUAGUUCUUGCUCAUAAGCUUGGUCAGUACACACAACUCGGGACUACAGUAGAUGAUGCUAUAGGAGAGGCGUUUGACAAGACAGCAAAAUGGCUUGGUCUUGAUUUGCGCAGAAGUGGUGGACCAGCUGUUGAAGAACUUGCUCUUGAGGGUGAUUCAAACUCUGUUAAGUUUAAUGUUCCAAUGAAAAAUCAUAAAGAUUGUAACUUCUCUUAUGCUGGUUUGAAAACGCAAGUUAGGCUAGCCAUUGAAGCCAGAGAAAUUGAUGGUCAAUGUCCUGUUUCUUCUGCAACAAAGGAAGACAGAAGAAACAGAGCUGAUAUUGCUGCUUCUUUCCAGAGAGUAGCUGUGUUGCAUCUGGAGGAAAAGUGUGAGCGAGCAAUAGAAUGGGCACUGAAACUCGAGCCUUCUAUUAAACAUAUGGUAGUAUCUGGUGGUGUUGCCUCAAACCAGUAUGUACGGUUUCGACUCAACAACAUUGUCGAAAACAAAAACCUGAAACUUGUCUGCCCUCCUCCUAACCUCUGCACAGACAAUGGAGUAAUGGUGGCUUGGACUGGUCUCGAGCAUUUUCGUGUGGGAAGAUUCGAUCCACCUCCACCUGCAAUAGAACCUGAUGAUUUCGUGUAUGAUCUUCGACCAAGGUGGCCUCUAGGAGAGGAGUACGCACAAGGAAGAAGCGAAGCUCGUUCUAUGAAAACCGCACGUGUUCAUCCCUCUCUUACUUCAAUCAUCCGUGCAGAUUCUCUUCAACAACAAACACAAACAUAGCUAUAAAUGUUGUAACUGCAAAAAAAAAAACGAACUUAACCAACUCUUAUUUGCAACAAACCGCUUUUCCGGUUAAUUAUUAAAUUGAUCAGUAAACCAAUGGUUAUUCUAAACCGUAUUUCGAUUUUACUUUUAA